AUGUGUCAAGAUCCCUUUAAAUGGUAUUCCUCGCCCCAGCCCUCCUCACUCGUCAGGAAUCGUCGUGCCGCACCUAUUUCCUGGAGGGAUUCCAUCCCAUGUGGGCACCGUUUGCAGAGCGUGCCAUCUCUUCCCAAGUCCUACGCCUUUCUAUUUAAGAGAAGAGAAUCCUACGGAAACCGCAAACUUCUCCAAACAAUCGCUCAAGUUACCCUGCUGCUGGAGACGCUGCCGUGGGGGUCCUGCCGGGCGGACGGGUGGCUUCUUGAGAUGAAUGCCCGGCUGCGGGUAAAUCCCCGGGCUCAAGGAAGUCAAGGGGAGUUACCUUUCCUGGAAAGAAACUACAGCUCCCUCCAACCCCUGAGGGAGCGGGCUUCUGUCACGGCCAGUUGCUGUACCGUUAGUGCAGCAGGCCCGUCAUUUUUGCCUCAGACCAGCCCUGCUUUCAAGUCCUCGGUGUCGAGAGGAGAAGGGCAAGGCCGGGGAAGCAUCUUGGCCUGUCACGGUUCUCGAGCGGCACUGUUGGACAUUUUAGGGGAGCAAUAUCGCUUUCCAGGGGGACGUGCGUUCCGAAAGCACGGCGAGGAACCGAGCCGCGGAGCACUGCGGGCGGCCGGAGAGGCGGCGGCUCCUGUCCGUAUAACACGUGCCCGCCCGGCUUCCCCGACUCCCACGGGGAGAUUCACACCGCGGGUGCGGCCCUAAAGGAGGAGAGACGGUCCUUAGAGGAGUCAACGGAGGAAAAAUCUGUCCCGUGUCCUGCUUCCAGUCACACGGGUCGUGCUUCUGCUACAUGGGUCUGACUCUUCUGGCCUUCGUCUCGCUGAAGUCAGUGGUGGGUUUUAACUCCGGGAUCGGGUUAUUUUAUGAAAUGAAGAGGACGGGAGGAAAACACUGUAACACAAAGAGCUUUAUUUUACAAUCCAAGAAAUCCAUCUGUUCUUAUAUACAGUAUCACAUUCCACCAUUUAAAUAUAUAUGUUAUGUUUACAAAAAAAAAAA